AUGGCUUCUGAUGCCACGACGCCGGCAGCUGAUGGCUUGGGCAACCAGGCUAUCCUGUCGAAAAUCGACAAGCUCAGAGAGCUUAACGUCGGCUCCAUCAUCCCUCUACCACAGCUCAUCGUCGUUGGUGACCAGUCCUCUGGCAAGAGCUCCGUGCUGGAAGGAUUGACAGGCUUCUCUUUCCCCCGCGCUGCUGGUCUCUGUACACGAUACGCCACACAGAUUACCUGUCGCCGUGAGGACCACGAGAGCGUGUCAGUCACCAUCAUUCCUCGUCCUCAAGCCGACGAGGCCUUGAAGAAGAAGCUGCGUGGCUUCCACCGUGCUGCUACCAAGCUCGACAAUGCGGCGCUGGCUAAGAUCUUCGAGGAUGCGAACAAAGCAAUGGGAAUCCGCAUGGGAACGGCGGAUACCUCAGCCACGGGAGGCGCCUUCAGCGAGGACAUCCUCAAGAUUGAAAUCUGUGGACCUUCCCAAUCUCACCUGACCGUCAUCGACGUACCUGGAAUUUUCCGCAAUGCAACCCCAGGCAAGUACUAUCAAGAGCAAGGCAAAGAAGCACUGCUAACAUUUCUGUGCUCCAAAGGCUUGACCACAGAUGACGAUGUGCUGCUCGUCCGCAACAUGGUCAAGUCGUACAUGGCCAACACUAGAACAGUGAUCCUUGCUGUCAUGCCCUGCAAUGUCGACAUCGCAACUCAGGAGAUCAUCAAGCUCGCAGAGGCUGCCGAUCCCGGAGGCACUCGUACCAUGGGCGUCUUGACCAAGCCUGAUCUCGCUACGGAGAAGGCGACUCGGGGUGCUGUCUUGGAUCUGCUUCUUGGAAAGCAAAGCAACUUGAGCCUUGGCUAUUGCGCCGUCAAAAACCGUGGUGCUGACGACAACGAGUCAACCAUGGCCCAACGUCUCCAGUCAGAGGUCGCAUUCUUCUCAGCACCAGAGUGGUCUUCUGUUGUGGAUCGGUGCGGCAUCACCUCUCUGCAGAAGCGUCUACGCGAGUUGCUCAUGCAAAUAUCGAAACGGGAGUUCCCUAACGUCAAGGCUGAGAUUGAGCGGAAGCUCAAGGCGUGCGAGUCGGACCUCAGUGCGAUGGGUCUCUCGAGAGCUGACGAAAGCUCACAGAGACUUUUUCUGGGCAAGGUGGCUUCCAGAUUCCAGAUGAUCGCUCAAAGUGCCGUGAGUGGACAGUACAUUGGAGACCCUUUGUUCAAGACACUCCCGUCACUGAAGCUCGCCACGCGGAUGAUGGAGCUCAACGAGAACUUUGCCAAUGACUUCUGGAAGCAAGGCCAUAAAUUCUCCAUCGACUUCAAUGGAGAGGAUGAUAGUGAGCAAAUAUACGUAUCCAAAACGUCCAACGAACUUUACGGCAACGUUGACUUGACAGAGUACAUCGAGAUCGAGAAUAUCAUCGAAACCGAGGAUUACGUCUGUUCGAAGCCAUCCAAUAGGCCUUUGAUGGAACACGUGAAGGAAGUCUACGCCAUGAACCGGGGACCAGAGAUCGGAACUUUUGGCGGCACCAUCCUUGGUAUGGUGUUUGAAGAGCAGUCGGAGAAGUGGGAUGCGCUUGUUCUCUCGCAUACCAGCAAGGCCGUCGUCCUCGUCCAUGACUUCAUAACCCAGUUGCUGGCCAAGCUCUGUCCCGACGAGCAGGUGUGGGAGCAGUUGUGGCAGCUGCUGCUUGUCGACCGUCUCCGCAGUGCAUAUCAGAGGGCCAUGGAUCAUGCGCGAUUCUUACUUGCUGUCGAGCGUAGUGGCCGCCCGACAACAUUCAACCAUUACUUCAACUCGACACUUCAGAAGAAGCGGGCAGACCGUCUCGCUAAGGGACUGGACAAGAUCCAGACAGUCGCUUCCAAUUCGGACCCAACCGAAGCAUUGUGGUACAGAAUCGACUCCGUCAAGAAUCACUUUGUCGCCAAGGACAACACUGAGCAGAUCUGCGAGGACAUUGUCGACACCCUGGCCAGCUACUACAAAGUCGCCCGCAAGCGCUUCGUCGACACAAUCUGCCAGCAGGCCAUCAACCACUACCUGCUCGACGGUGAGGGCAGCCCGCUCAAGAUCCUGGGACCAGACCUCGUGAUGAGCCUGAGUGCCAAGCAGCUCGACCUCAUUGCGGGUGAGGACGCGGCGUCGCGUCGCCACCGUGAGGUGCUCAGCCGUGAGCGGGACAGCCUGCGGGCUGCGAAGAAGGUGCUGCGCGAGUGA